UUUUUUUUCCCCAUCCAUUCCUAGUCACAAAUGGUCCAUAUAAACCCUCAAAUUCAACAUAUUAAUAGUUCCAAAUUGCCAUAAACCACUUUUUAUUUUCCCCCAAAAACCUCUACAUUCUACAACACCCUCAAAAGAUAGUUUCUUUCUUUGCUCCCAUCAUCCCAAAACCACAAACAACACACAACAAUGCUAGAUCCAGCAACUGAGUUGGUGCCACCACCAUCUUCACCCACCAUCUCUUCCAUUUCAUCCUCUGAUCUUGACACUGAGUCAACAGGAUCAUUCUUCCAUGACAGAAGCACCACAUUGGGGACUCUAAUGGGAGUGAGCUUCCCAGCCAUUGCAUUCAGAGUCCCAUCACAGCACCGGGACCCACAUUCCGCCGCCGCUGUCAUAGGCGUUUCAAAUAGGGCCUCCGCCGCCGGAGCCGCCAAGAGGAAGAAAAAGACCCACGCCGCCGCCGCUGCGGCGGUAGCUGAACGGCGGAGGAGGUGGUGGCAGCUGUGCAGGGACGGCGACGCCAGGCCGGCUUCGCUCGGCGAGUUCCUGGAGGUAGAGCGGCGGUUCGGCGACGGCGGGUUCUACGGCACGGCGGCGGAGCUAGAGGGAAUGGUGGCGGGCCAUCAGCAGAGGAACGGCGGGAGGGUUCUGUUCGCCGACGGGAGGGUUCUUCCGCCGUCGGAAGACGUUGACGACGGAGAAUCGGCGGCGGAGAGCCUCUGUAACAGGUUUCCGGUUUCGCUCGCCGGAAUAUGCAGCGGCGGCGCUGGAUAGAUAGGAAUGUUCAUAGAGCUUUUGAAUUUUUAUGU